GCAGAGGAGGGAGUAAUAAAUGGUGGGGAGUGGGGACUAAGAGUGGAGCAUUCAAUACGGACAUGUCUGGAUUCACCAGCGCAGUAAAUGAGACAUUGAUGGAAUUGCAAGGCUGAAGGCUUUGCCUUCUAUUAAUUUUAUUAUUAUUCAGCUGCCUUCCGCCCACAGGGGUAGUGUUCCUCUGCAGUUGUAGAUGUAGGUGAAUGCAUAUAGGAGUUGGUGAGGGGAAGAGAGAAAUAAGAUGAUGGGCGGUUGGAACUGUUUUCUCUGCUCUGUUUUCAGGGAUUUUCCUUCUUCUAAUUUGGAGGCCUUGUUUUUGUUUUCUCUUUCUCUUCUUCUUCUACUACAUUCUUUGUCAUUUUUCUAGGGUUUCGGUUUUUUCUUUUUCUUGUGUUGACUGGGUCUGGUUGGGACGCUUUCUUGUUUUCUUUUUAUUUAAAAAAAAAAAAAACUGUACUGGGUAUAAUCUAGGGUUUCAAUAAUUAAUGUGGUUGGAUGUUGGGGUUUUUUGGGAGAUACUUUCGUCUUUUAUUUUCGAGUGUUGGAUUUAUAAACCGAAUUUCUGGUUUUGUUCUGAUGUGAUUGAAUCUGAGUGGUGCGUCUUUGGUGGGGUUGAGGCCUGGAUGUUGUUUAAUUUCUGUGUUGCAAGUGGGGUGUUGUUGAAUUCGAAUUGAAACUCUCAAUUAUGGGCCCUUCAAGGAUGCUAAAGCUAGGGUUUCUCUGAUCGCAAUAAAGGUUUAAAGUAAAGGAGACUCCCGUAAGAACGGCUAAAGCUCGGAAUGUAUCUUAUUCUCUGCGGUUGACGAUUUGAUUUUCAAAAGCAGACAUUUGAUUUCUGGGACUAUCAGAAAUACUUUUGCUUUCUGUUUCGGUGUUUUGAAACUCGAAAUCAAUCCGCUUUACUCGGGGCAGUUAGAUGAGAUAAAAGAAAGUUUGGGGUUGUGGGCUGAGCCCUCUGCUGGUUUUGCUUUCUUGGUUUCUGUCAGAUUGAAGAGCAUUCAUGCAUAUUUCACUAUGGAAACCGAUAUCACACUGUGCGGCCCUAAUCUUGGUCAAGAAGGGCAGGAGGAGAGAUGGUUCUGGUUUGACAGAGGACGUCAAGCGAAAGCCCUCGAUUCUCCGGCAAUUGCAGGAGAACAAGCUCAGGGAGGCUCUUGAAGAGGCAUCUGAAGAUGGGUCUCUCGUAAAAUCCCAAGAUAUCGACUCUGAGUCCGCUAAUCAAGAUGGUAACUUUGGGCGCUCGAGAUCUCUUGCUAGGCUCCAUGCUCAGAAGGAGUUCUUGCGAGCCACUGCUCUCGCAGCAGAGCGAGUAUUCUGCUCGGCAGACUCCAUUCCUAAUCUACGUGAUGCGUUCUCCAAGUUCCUCACUAUGUACCCCAAGUUCCAAUCCACGGAAAAGAUUGAUCAGCUGAGGUCAGACGAGUACGAGCACUUGGCUGAAUUGUAUGCGAAGGUAUGCCUCGAUUUCUGUGGCUUUGGGCUAUUUUCUUACCUUCAAACUCAUCAUAAUUGGGAAUCAUCGGCAUUUAGCUUAUCAGAGAUAACUGCAAAUCUGAGCAACCAUGCUCUUUAUGGGGGUGCCGAGAAAGGUACCGUAGAGCACGAUAUCAAGACUAGGAUUAUGGACUAUUUGAACAUACCUGAAAAUGAGUAUGGCCUUGUUUUUACUGUUAGUAGAGGAUCUGCAUUUAAAUUGCUCGCUGAAUCUUACCCUUUCCAAACAAAUAGAAGGCUGUUGACCAUGUUUGAUCAUGAGAGCCAGUCUGUGAAUUGGAUGGCUCAAAGUGCUAAAGAGAAAGGUGCAAAGGUUUACAGUGCCUGGUUUAGAUGGCCAACCCUGAAACUCUGCUCGAGGGAACUGAGAAAGCAGAUCUCAAACAAGAAGAGAAGGAAGAAGGACUCUGCAGCUGGGCUUUUUGUGUUCCCUGUUCAGUCUAGGGUUACUGGGGCCAAGUAUUCUUACCAGUGGAUGGCACUUGCUCAACAAAACAAUUGGCAUGUUUUGCUUGACGCUGGAUCCUUAGGUCCCAAGGAUAUGGAUUCACUUGGCUUGUCUCUCUUCCGGCCAGAUUUUAUAAUCACGUCAUUUUACAGGGUGUUUGGGUCUGACCCUACUGGAUUUGGAUGCCUCUUGAUCAAGAAGUCUGUGAUGGGAAGCCUGCAAAAUCAGUGUGGGCGAACUGGGUCUGGAAUGGUGAGGAUCCUACCAGUUUUUCCCCAAUACCUGAGUGAUUCUAUGGAUGGUUUGGAUGGACUGGGUGGGCACAACGACAAUGCAAGCAAUGAUGAUGAAGAAUUGAUGACUGAAACUCAUGGGGGCUCUUCACAGAUGCCUGCCUUUUCAGGUGUGUUCACUUCUACUCAGGUGAGGGAUGUUUUUGAGACAGAGUUGGAUCAAGAUAACAGCUCAGACAGGGAUGGAGCAAGCACUAUUAUUGAGGAAGCUGAAAGCAUUUCGAUUGGUGAGGUUAUGAAAAGUCCAAUUUUCAGUGAAGAUGAGUUAUCAGACAACUCAUACUGGAUUGAUUUGGGUCAGAGUCCAUUUGGUUCAGAUAAUUCUGGCCAGUUGACCAAACAGAAAGCAGGCUCACCAUUACCACCCUCAUGGUUUUCGGGCAGGAGAAACAAUAAGCACCUCUCUCCAAAACCAGCAUUAAACAUGUCGAAGAGUCCAAUAUAUGAUGACAGGAGGAUAAAUCUCAGACUGCAUGAUGACCCUGUGUUAUCUUUUGAUGCGGCUGUAUUAUCAGUGUCACAGGAGCUAGACCUGAUUAAGGGGAUCCCAGAAGAGGAACAUUUUGGAGAAUUGAACCCAGCUUUUGGAACUAGUGGGAAAAAAGCAGAUUCACAGCAUGUUGGAGAGAUUCAAGAAGAACCUGAUGGUAGAGAAGAAACCAUGCUGACUGGUUGUAAGUUGAGUCCCACGGUAAAUGGAUUUGGAACCAGGAACCGGACUUCUGCCUCUCUACGGGGUAACCUUGAGAACACUUCAAUGUCUGAAAGUUGCCAAGAAACAAAAGAAAGUGCCAUAAGAAGAGAGACAGAGGGUGAGUUUAGACUAUUGGGAAGAAGGGAGGGAAAUAGAUUUGCUGGUGGCAGAUUUUUUGGUUUGGAAGAGACUGAUUUAGCUGCAAGCAUGGGCCGCAGGGUAUCUUUUACCAUGGAAGAUAACCGGAAAGAAAGUUUGAGCCAAUUCUUGGAGCCUGGUGAAGUUUCUCUAACUACCCUUGGUGACGAUGAGUCCAUGAGUGAAGGAGAUUAUGGUGAUGGCCUAGAGUGGGGCAGGAGGGAGCCUGAGAUAAUUUGCCGGCAUCUUGAUCACAUUAACAUGUUGGGUCUUAACAAAACUACCCUCAGACUGCGGUAUCUGAUCAAUUGGCUUGUGACUUCAUUGCUUCAACUUCGUUUAUCCAGUUCAGACUUAGAUAUGGGAGUGCCUCUUGUACAAAUAUACGGCCCAAAGAUCAAGUAUGAGAGGGGUGCAGCUGUAGCCUUUAACGUGAGAAACAGCCAUGGAGGGAUGAUUCACCCGGAAGUUGUUCAGAGAUUGGCUGAGAAAAAUGGAAUAUCUCUUGGUAUCGGUUUCCUCAGCCAUAUCCGGAUUGUAGACAGCCCAAAACAGCACCGAGGAGGAUUAGAUCCUGAAGAUACAGCUUUGUGCAAGUCAAUGGCCAAUUGCCGGCAAGAUGGUAAAGACAUGUUCUUCCGAGUUGAGGUUGUUACAGCAUCACUCAGUUUCCUGACUAACUUUGAAGACGUGUAUAAGAUGUGGGCUUUUGUGGCUAAGUUUCUCAAUUCAUCAUUUGUUGAAGGGGAUGGAUUAUCCACAGUGCCAGAGGGUUCUGAAAUGUAAAAAAACUUGGAGGGUUGUAUGAAUGUUUUUGUUUCCAUUUUGAAGGAAGACGGACCCCACCGCUGCCAUUGCAAAUCCUUGAAUGCUGGUGUACUUGUGCUUACUGGCCUGAGUUCUUCAAAUUCUGAGGCCCAAAAUUGGCAUGAGAUGCUGAAGCAAACAUGAAAGUAGGCAAAGGUGCGGUUUUGUGCGGUCUGUUUCUUUUGCUCUUCCUGGGGAGAUUUUCUUUGGGAAUAGAUGAAUUUGUUUAUUCUUGUUGUCAUUUCUUUGAAUGUAUUUUCUUUUUUUUUUUUCUUUUUUCUUUUUAAACUUAUUUAUAGUUUAAUGUAGAGUUUGCUCUAGAGAGAUAUAUCAGCACAGGAAGUUAUGAACUCAAAGUAGAACCAAAUAUUGUACUGAACACAGCUUCCCCUAUUUGAGAUCUAGGUUUUUUUCUCUUUUUUGUUCUCUUA